CUGGCUAGCUUAUUGGCUGACUAGCUGACUAAUCCGAUUGGAUGUUUUACUGUCUGACUUGCCGACUGGGUUGUCUGGUUGACUGGUCGCUCCCUACUACACCGCUACUUGUUGUUUCCUCUUCAUAUAAAAGCCAAUGAUCACUACAUCAGCGUUACUCAGAGGAAGCCGUGCCGUCUGCUGCUUUAGACAGCUCCAUACCACACUCACCGUGAACAUGCCCAUCCAGGUUGGAGAGAGUCUCCCAGCUGUGGAGGUCCAGGAGGGGAGCCCAGACAAAAAAGUAUCUAUGGAUCAACUCUUCAAGGGGAAAAAGGGGGUUCUGUUUGCAGUGCCAGGGGCUUUUACUCCUGGAUGCUCCAAGACCCAUCUCCCAGGGUUCGUGCAGGAGGUCGAACAGCUGAAGAGUAAAGGUGUGCAGGAGGUGGCCUGCGUCUCUGUGAAUGAUGCAUUUGUCAUGGCUGCGUGGGGCAAGGAGCAUGGCACAGAUGGCAAGGUGCGAAUGCUGGCAGAUGCCACCGGAGCUUUCACUGCGGCAGUUGAUCUCCUCCUGGAUAACAAUGAGAUCAUCGCGGGGCUUGGUAACAAGAGAUCCAAGAGAUACGCCAUGCUGGUUGAGGACGGUGUGGUGAAGAAGCUCAAUGUGGAGCCUGAUGGCACUGGCCUCACCUGCAGCUUAGCCUCCAACAUCCUCUCUGAACUAGUCUAAAGCAGACCGCAACCAUUCUAACCAACGCACACCUUCAACUGUACCCUCAUCCAUAAUUACUGUAACUGUUACACCUCUCUUUGUAGAUCACUUCUAGUUGUUUUUAAAAAAGAAAGCCACAAAAGGUUUAUCAGUAGUAGUGCACCCAAAGAAAAGGGUACAGCAAUAAGCCUAUUUUUUUUAGGUUGUCGUAGACAAUCGUGCAAGUAAAGGUGCUUCCCUGUAGAACAGUGCUGAAGGGCUUUAUACAGGAAUAUACUGGAUUUCUGCCCAAGCGCACAAUAUAAACGCAGUCAAAGCGCACAAAUGUCAUGAUGAAACGCUACUUUGCACCACAUCAUUGAUCCUUUCAAUACAUUUGUUACUUCAACAAUAAACUGCUUAGAACCUUUGCACUCCAGUGGAAA